UAUGUUUAAUGUAGCAAAGGGAUAUAUUUAACUUAAAGAGGGUUUGAGCAGCCAGAAGAGCUAAAUAAAAAGAUGGCACGAAAUGGAAUUGUUGCAGAUGAAGAAAACAACUUUACGCAUAAUAGAGUCCUGCCUGUAGCCUCUACUCCAACGCCGGGGCAAAUUAAGGAGGAAUCUGAUGCAAAAGUCUUUUUGUCUACUAAGGUGUUAGGCCUUGAAGAGCUGUUGUCCUUGGAGGUAUGGAGAGCUUCAUUGGCAGAGCUUCUUGGGACAGCAGUGCUGGUUUUUGCAUUGGACACCAUAGUUAUCUCCACAUUGCAGACCGAAACAAAGACACCCAACCUUGUAAUGUCGAUCCUAAUCGCCUUUGUCGUUGCAGUUCUCCUGCUUGCUACCUACCCCAUCUCCGGAGGCCAUAUCAAUCCGAUUGUUACCUUUGCUGCUUUACUUACCGGCCUGAUUUCCAUUUCCAAAGCUGCCAUAUACAUUUUGGCUCAAUGUGUCGGUGGCAUACUAGGUUCACUAGCACUCAAAGCUGUGGUUAAUAGCGCCAUUGAACGAACGUAUUCGCUAGCAGGAUGCACCGUGACUAUUGUCGUACCAGGUACCGAUGGACCAACUGUGAUUGGCAUGGGGAACAGCCAGGCCCUUUGGCUUGAGAUAAUCUGUUCCUUUGUGUUCCUUUUCGCUUCAGUAUGGAUGGCUUUUGAUCGUCGCCAAGCUAAGGCCGUGGGACGAGUAAUAAUCUGCAUUAUCUUAGGAGUAGUGUUGGGUCUUCUAGUGUUCAUUUCAACCACGGUUACUGCCACAAAAGGCUAUGGUGGUGCUGGGCUGAACCCAGCAAGAUGCUUCGGUCCAGCAGUCGUAAGAGGAGGCCACCUUUGGAAUGGACACUGGAUAUUUUGGAUUGGACCAACUAUUGGGUGCGUGGCUUUCGCUCUGUAUGUUAAAAUGAUUCCACGUGAGCAUACUCACAGCUACUAAGAAAAUGAACAACAUAAUUACUUGGUUAUAGUUGUGAAUUGUUGUUGUUGGAAAAAUAUGUUAUUUCGCAUAAUCCUGAAAUAUAUUACCUUCAAAAUGUAAUAAUAAGACGGCAUAUGGCCCUUUUGUAUUUUAAAUUUGUAUACAAACUAAAAAGAAUUUAAUCAUUGUUAUUGGUUGAUGACGA